AUGGGUCGAGAAAUGGCAUUCGAUAUGGACCGCCGCAGCAAGCUAGCAGACCUGACACUCGUGUCAAAGUACUAUCCUGUUGCCAACUACUCAUACCCAGCACGUCAGGAAUCGGCACAGAGGGAUCCCAGGACCUCCCUCGGCUCGGAUAUCUCUACGCCAAGGCUCAUCGACGACAGGUCUGAUUCCGAGGUCUCGGCCGAUGAUGACUAUCAGCAUCGGGACUCAGCAGGGUGGGAGUCUUACUGGCGACCUGAGGGUGGGAAGAAAGGAGACAGUGUCGUCGGUCACCCAAGGAAACAGUAUCCUGCCCUGAUUCCUUCACCAGAGAGGAAGCGAGAGCCCGCCGCGGACAGCCAGAGAAGUGUCAGCCCGAGCUGGCCACUACCCAACAGCCCUACUCGUCAGACCAGAACCCGUCAGCCAGCAGCGACCUACUCAGCCUUCCCCAAGCCAGUGGCUCUCCCUCCAAGGGCAAGACCUGCUAGCCCAUCGUGGGAGAGCUCGAGGCCUCGUGCGGCACCAACACGUCCUGCCAGACCAGACAGGCUCCUGACUCCAUGCAUCCAGCAGACCUCACCCAUUGCUGCCUUCUUCAACACUCUUCACAUCCCGGAGCAUUUCCGCAAGGAGCAAGAGAGGGACCAGAAGAUCCCACCAGUCCCCAAAGUUUGCGUGGAGCCUACCACUCCUCCUUCAAAGCACACACUACGCCAAAGGAUCUCUUCCCUGGCCGCCAGGCCUGUUGUAUCCGACGAGCUUGAGCGUCCAAAGACGUCACACGGCCACCAGCAGCCCAAAGUUUCAGUGCCAAAGAAGCACCGGUCUUCACGCUCGCUUAGACCUAGCUCACCAACAAUGCCCAAGCGCUCUGUGGCUGAUCGGCCUCCGACCCCGUUCGAGUCGGAGGAAGUCGACUUUUUCCCGGAUUUACCCCUGUUUCCCAUGCCAGACCCAUACACCCAACAACGCGCCAUCAAAUUCCACCGUCCCAAGCGCCCGGAACCUAUAUCAGUCUUCGAAGAUGACUCUGAUGGCGAGGACGACGAGCCACGCGCGUCCUUCUUCAAGUUCCACAAGCGCUCCACGAGCGAUCUGAGAAAGGGCGCAGGGUCGAGAACAGAGGACCGAGACCCGGAUGUUGUCACGGGGAGACGAAGAGGGCGCACAAGUCCGACGCCCAGUCUGCCUGACACCCCAUGUGGGCUGCAGCCUCCGAACGAGAAGAAAAGAGACGUCUUUGGACGGAUGCUCGGGCGACGAAGUCGCUGA